CUGGGUCAAGGUGAAGGUCGUAAGCGCUAUGGUCUCCUAAGGACAAAAUGAUUCGACAUAUCGCUCGCCAGAAGGAACCAUUUCAGCGGUGUUUAUCGUCUUAUAGACAAAAAUCUAAGAAAGAAAGAUGCUGUCGUUUACUUACAAGUUAUCAUAAAGAUCAGAUCAAUAACACCAGCUGCCAGUCAAAGACAAAAUGUCACUCAGUACAGAUCCAGAGGACUCUGUUUACUGUUCCCCAAGUCUCCAGCACCACAGAGGAAGUGUCACAUAGACAACACAAGCUAACAUAUCUACAGCAAAGCCGAGACCUGUUCUCCGUACCCGGUAUACCAGGCAUCGUCUCUGAUACAAGAAAGGAGUAUUCAGAGAGGAGAGUUUUAGGGUACACGAUGGAACAAAUGUACAAGAUCGUGUCUGAAGUGGAGCAUUACUCCGAAUUUGUACCUUGGUGUAAGAAAUCAGCUGUGACUGCCAGACGCCCCAACCAGAUGAAGUGUAAAUUGGAGAUUGGGUUCCCUCCCCUGAUGGAGAAAUACACCUCCAUAGUGACACUAGCGAAGCCUCGACUUGUCAAAUCGGAGUGUACAGACGGUGUACUGUUUAACCACUUGUUGACUAUAUGGAAAUUCGGUCCUGGUAUCCCAGGCAACCCAAACUCAUGUACUCUCGACUUUUCUGUUUCGUUUGAAUUCCGGUCAGUAGUAUACUCCAACAUGUCACACAUGUUUUUCGACCAGGUGGUCAAGCAGAUGGUGAUGUCCUUUCUUAAGCGAGCACGGUCACUGCACGGUCCAGCAUCCAUACGGGACCAGAAACCACAAAUCCUCAAGUACAAGGAUUGACGAAGACUGGACUUAGGGCAGAAUAAUUAACGUUUUUAUUAAUCGUAUCCCAAUUGGUUCUGAUGACGGCGCUUUUACCCUGAAGAAAUAUUAUAGAGGUGAUCAUUUCUUAACAUAAUUUAUUUAUCAUAUGCGGCACGAAAGUAAAUUAUCGUGUUGAAGUUUUGUAAAAAUUUUGUGUUUGCACUAUUAGUGAUACAGUGGGAUAUCUUUCUAAUAUACCCAGUAUAUAAUAUUUAUUUUACAUACAGAUAUCCUAUCACUGGCUACUCAUGUCACUGGCUACUCAUUUCGUUUUAUCAUAAACAAGUUGCAGAUCUUAAAACACAAUUUUUAUGUAACCAUGUUUUUUAACUGGUUUUGUAGAUCUAGAGUCAUACUAAGUUAUGUUUGUAUAUCAGGGUUACAAACUGACCCUUUCAUGUCAUUAACAUAACUUGAAGGCUUUCACCACCUAUAAGGCUGACAUAGAAUUUAGGGAUUCUUAUGGAAUAAAAUUUUAUUUUUUCAACAUUCAUGGGGUCAUAACAGCAUUAGCGAUUCAUGGUAAAUAUGUCCAGAAAGCCAAUGUUGUUAUGACCUCAUGAAUGUUGAAAAAAUAAAGUUCAUUCCUUAUUUUUAUAUAAUGAUUAUUUUUAUUUUAUCAGUUUAAGCAUCCAAUCAUUAGAAAAUGCAUUUUUAGCUCACCUGGUCCGAAGGACCAAGGUGAGCUUAUGCCAUACUUUGUUCAAAUUGAUAUAAACAACUUCUUCUCUGAAACUAAGCAAUGAAUA